AUGUCAGAACUAUGUCUGAAGAUCAAUUCUGAAAACAGUCCACCACCCCAGCCUUCCAUCUGGGCAGUUCCAGGAUCUGUGAUUUCCACAGGCAGUGCUGUGACCAUCUUCUGCAGGACUCCUCCAGGAGUGACCAGAGUGUGUCUAACCCAUUUUGUACCGGAUGGAGAGUGGUUUGAUUGCACCCCACAGGGAGCCCAGGAGGUGUUUGAAUUCAGUCUGCAGAAUAUGACACAAGGCGAUGCUGGGAUGUACUACUGUGAACACUCCAAGGGAGGCAAAUCGCCACAAUUUAGUGACAAACUGGAGCUGGUGGUGACAG